AGAAUUCGAGAAAAAAUUCAAGGAUAAGACUCGCAACUCCUGGGAUGAAGUGUGUCAAGAUAGUAAUAAAUUUGUUGCUUAUAAAGGCAAAUACACUCUUUUAGAACGCGACUAUGGAGGAGAUGAUGAAGAAAACAAGGACGAAGUUCGUGAUACGAAGAAAGGAAAGGGAAAGGAAGUUGAUGAUUCGGAACCCCCAAAAGAACCCGAAUCUAAACUUAAUCCAAAAGUUCAAGACAUAAUCAGAACAAUAUUUGAUAUUAGUGCCUUUAAAGAUACAAUGGUUGAACUAAAUUACGAUGCGGCAAAACUACCUUUGGGAAAACUCUCAAAAAAUACCAUAACCCAAGGAUACCAAGUGCUCAAAAAGAUUGAAGCCGUUUUGAUUAGUAACGAGUCGGGCAGUUUAGUAGAACUUAGCAAUGAUUUUUAUUCCGUCAUUCCGCAUAACUUCGGCAUGAGUAAACCAACGCUAAUCAAUUCCGUGGCAAUUUUAAAAGAGAAGCUAAAUAUGGUUGAAGCCCUGGGAGAAAUUGAGAUCGCCACUUCGUUAAUCAGGUCAUCCGAUGAAACUUUGAAUAAAUUAGAUUCUCAUUACAAUUCUCUUCACUUGGAAAGAAUGGUACCCUUGGAUCACGACUCUGAAGAAUUUAAACUCUUGCUCAAAUAUAUCAAAAACACACAAGGCGCCACGCAUAACAGUUAUGAACUUGAAAUUCUUGAUGCCUUUGACAUUGAAAGAGAAGGGGAAAGAAGUCGUUACGAGAAAUAUUCCAAAUUUCACAACAGGAUGUUACUCUGGCAUGGUUCUAGAAAAACAAAUUUUGCUGGAAUUUUGAGUCAGGGACUAAGAAUUGCACCCCCUCACGUUCCCUGCACUGGAUACAUGUUUGGCAAAGGCGUUUAUUUUGCUGAUUGUGUCUCAAAAUCCGCCAAUUAUUGCUAUACGAAUAACAGAGAUAAUGUUGGUUUUAUGUUGCUAUGUGAGGUGGCUUGUGGUGACAUGUUAGAAUUGAAGGACGGUGAUUAUAACGCAGGAGACAGGGUCAAAAAACAAGGCAAGCAUUGUACUAAGGGUAUGGGUCAAACU